UUGUGUGUUCUUUCUGCGGAUUUGUGUGACUGGAAGCCAGUGGAAGCCAUUUUGUUGCUGGUUAUUGCUGUAGUUUCAUAAUUUCGUUACUUCUUCAGUAGAUUUGUGUGUAAUAAUUUUUCUAUUUAGCGUGGUUCCUGUAAGCCGUCAAGCUGUCAUCAGAAACUAAAAUGCCGGGCGCCGGUACUUUCAAAAUCUUCGUCGGGAAUCUUUCCGAUAAAACGACAGACGCCGAUCUUAGACCGCUGUUCGAAAAAUACGGUACCGUCGUAGAAUGCGAUAUCGUCAGAAAUUACGGUUUCGUGCACAUGGAAAAUGAGCAAGUCGGCCGCGAAGCCAUUCAGAACUUAAACGGAGAGAUGGUUCAUGGUCAAGCGAUCAAAAUAGAAGCGGCCAAGAGCCGGAAGGCACCGUCGACGCCGACCACGAAAAUAUUCGUCGGUAACCUAACGGACAAGACGCGCGCGCCCGAGGUCCGCGAGCUGUUUCAGAAGUUCGGCACGGUCGUCGAAUGCGAUAUCGUUCGUAACUACGGCUUCGUACACUUGGACGCGUCGGGCGACGUGAACGAGGCCAUCAAAGAGCUGAACGGUAUGAUGGUGGACGGCCAGCCCAUGAAGGUGCAGCUGUCGACGAGCCGCGUCCGUCAGCGGCCGGGCAUGGGCGACCCCGAGCAGUGCUACCGCUGCGGUCGCGGCGGUCACUGGUCCAAGGAGUGCCCGAAGGCGCUGGGCCCCGACCGCAACGGUUUCCGCGAUCGAGCGUUCGGCCGCGACCCGUAUCCCCCGCCGCCGCCGCCGCCGUUCCUCCGCGAUCGCAUGAUGGGAGGAUUUGGGGACCCGUACGAUGGCUACUAUGACCGGGCCCGGUUCGACUCGCCGCGGGAGCUGUUCGAGCGGCGCUACCCGGUGGGCGCGUCCCGGGGACUAGAGAUGGGCGGGUCGCGAGGCGCGCGCGGGGACUUCGUGUCGCCGCCGCUGCGCCGGGAGCCGAUGCCGCCGAUGCCCAGCCUGCCGAUGCGCAGCGGGAUGGGAGCCAUGAGGUCGUCGUAUGAUGAUAUGUACAGCCGCAGGAGUCCCCCGCGCGGACAGGUGUCCCGCGGGAUGUACGAAGACUUUAGCCGGGACACCUUUGAUGACAGAAGACCCGGCAUGCGUGGGCCGUCGCCGUCGAGAAGAUACGCGCCUUACUAACAUUAGUAUUACGUUAUAGAUAUAGUCGUCCAACGCUCAUGUUGCUACCAUUAUUGUCCUGAUUCUGUUCGUACCUUAAUCUUGGACUGUCCGACGAAUCAGAUUUUAUAUAGACUAUUUUAUUGGUAAGAGAUGCGGGAGUGACUGAUUUUGCAAUUUCUAGUUUAGUGUUUCGUAUGAAUGAGUAAGAUUUGUGAUGGAAUGUAAAUAAGUGAAAUAAAUCUCAAUUAAGUACA